AUGCAACAAAUGGUCCAUAUGACGGAGGAGACGGUGUUGGGCUUAUGCCAAGAGUCUAUGGCCAUAUUCAACAAUCAGCCUAUGCUUUUGGAACUGGACUCGCCACUACAUCUGUGCGGAGAUGUGCACGGACAGUAUCACGAUCUCUUGCGAAUCUUCGAUGCAGUCGGCUACCCACCCCAGGCGAAUUAUCUGUUUCUCGGUGACUACGUGGACCGGGGCAAGCGCAGCUUGGAAACGAUUUGCCUCCUUUUUGCUUACAAGAUAAAGUUCCCUGAGAACUUCUUUCUGCUUCGUGGAAACCACGAGUCACCAUCCAUCUGCAGGAUCUAUGGCUUUUAUGACGAAAUAAAGAGCCGAUUCCACGUCAGAAUUUGGAAAAGGUUUUGCGACGUGUUCAAUUACAUGCCAGCUUGUGCCAUCAUCGCCGACAAGGUGAUCUGCAUGCAUGGUGGCUUGUCCCAAGACAUGAUGGACUCUAGCAUCGACUUGAGACGGAAGAUAAACGAUCUUGUCAGGCCUGCCGACAUCCCGGACUCCGGGUUUCUUUGUGAUCUGUUGUGGUCGGAUCCCUCGGAGGCCACUGUUGGCUUUGGACAGAAUGACCGUGGCGUGUCGGUUUCAUUUGGCGCGGCAGUUGUCACCCAGUUCCUCAGAGCGCAUGACCUUGACCUGAUCGUCAGAGCACAUCAGGUGGUUGAGGAUGGGUACGAGUUCUUUGCUGAAAGAGGAUUGGUUACAAUCUUUUCCGCACCGAACUACUGCGGAGAGUUCGACAACGCUGCCGCAGUGCUUUCUAUUGACGAGGAUCUCACAUGUGCAUUCUCGGUCCUCAAACCGUCAGCAGCGUCGCCGAACAUGUGA